AGAGUUUAGCACACUAACCUAUCUUAAACAUCAACGUGACUUUAGAUAACAAUGACAGGACCUCAGAUAACAAUGUUAAAGAAUGGAGAUAUAGUGAUGACAUUUGUCUUAUAUUCAUGAAAUUUCCACGAUAUUACAGCGAGCUUCUGAAGACGUGAGAUAGAUAAUAACGACGGUGAGGUAACACGUUUGAUUCAGAUGACUUCUCAAAUAACCCAGCUUUUUUGGGAAAAUUUAAUCGUUACUGUGCCUACCAAAGGUGAUGAUGAGUGUUCGAGGGAACUAUGGUGUAAAUUUUCGCGUCGAAAACCUGUGAAAGUAUUGAAUAUACUAAAAGGGGUAUCCGGAUACGCUGAGAUUGGUAACAUGUUUGCUAUAUUGGGACCAAGUGGCGCCGGCAAAACUACGUUUCUUGCCGCUUUAGCGAGAAGACUCGAAUUAACGUCGGGUGUAAUAAAAAUCAACGGGUACGACGUUUCUCCAGAUGCAAUGGAAGCAAUAUCGAGCUACAUGUCGCAAUUUGAUAUUCUACCUUCCGCGCUCACGCCCAGAGAACACAUGUCGUUCAUGUGCGCUUUGAAAAUAGGAAGUAGUUGCAGCAUGCUACGAAGAAAAUCUUUAGGAGAGGAAUUUCUGCGAGAUCUUGGAUUGUACGAGUGCAUCGAUAUUGCUAUAUCUGAAUUAUCCGGCGGUGAAAAGAAGCGUUUGUUGCUAGCGGCGGAAUUGGUGACGAGGCCGAAGAUAUUUUUUUUAGACGAGCCAACUACGGGUCUAGACACUUUCGCCGCAACGUGUGUCGUGCAAUCGUUGAAAUUAAUCGCCUCGAGAGGUACCAUCGUCUUCUGCACGAUUCAUCAACCGGGUAUGACGAUAUACAACAUGUUCAGCCAUGUAAUACUGAUGACUAAUGGCAGAUCGGUAUAUUUCGGGACUCUGAAGAACGCCAUGGAUUUUUUUGAGAGCCAGGAUUAUCAGUGUCCCAUCAACUACGAUGAGUCCGAGUAUUACGUAAACGUUCUGUCAUGCUGCGAUCGAGCAGAUCGCAAUAUCGAGUUGUGCCGAGCGUUCUCACGGUCACCGCUAUCAAAGAUUCCAGCGGUCGAAAGUAUCCCGAUCUUCUAUCCCAACCCUCGAAAAAAAUCGGGACGGUUCGUGCAGUUUUACUGGUUACUAUGGAGAAUAUUUCUACGGGAUAAGAGAACGGCCCUCGAGAAUUGGAUCGCGUGGUUCUCCUGCGCGCUGUCCAUCGUCUUCAUAACUAGUUUUUACGUCGGUACUAAUUCGUCGACGCAGGAGGGAAUACAAAGUGCUCGGGGAGUGUUGUACUUGACGAUCUCGGAGGUAAUUUUUAUGAACGCCUACUCCGUCAUUUUCGAGCUACCCAACGAGCUUGUUCUCUACGUGCGCGAGAGUACCGUGUACUCACCGGGACCUUAUUACCUCGCCACUUUUCUCGCCUUGAUAUCCAAGGCAACGUUCAAGGCGUUUUUAUUCACGGUCGCCCUGUACUUUGUGCUGCAUUUCGAAUUUUCACUGCUCGGAUUCUGCUCCUAUUGCCUUUGCACGACUGCGGCGGCGAUUUCCAGCAUCGCGUACGGCCUUAUGAUGUCCAGCUGGAUCGCCGACGUCGACGCCGUGACCACGAUAAUGAUACCGAUCGAUUUGUUGUUUCUCUUGACGGCGGGUACGUUUUACAAUCUGCGGACCUUGCCGAGCUAUCUGGCGUACGUCAAAUAUUCAUCCAUCUUUUACUACGCUACCGAAGCAAUAUCGAUAAUACACUGGUCGGAAGUGAAUGAUAUUGAUUGUCCAUUCAAUCGUAGCACGCUUUGCCUGUCGAACGGAACGGAGGUUUUAUCGGAGUAUGGAUAUAACGAACAGAACUUUUGGUGGGAUAUGACUGGACUGCUGCUUCUGACGAUUCUGAUGAACGUCGUUGCAUAUCUCGGUACGAGAAGAAGAAGAGUAUCAAGACCGAUCGCUUAUUAACUGGCGAAACGCAAUCGCGACGUAUGUUCCUAUUAUCAUAAUUAUGGAAACUCGUUACUUUAGAUCUUUUGGAUUGAUAAUACAAAAUCAUUUAUUUCUUAUUAAUCAUACAAAAAUGAUAUAUAUAUAUAAUAUUCUAGAGAAAGACCAAAAGAAUACAAGUUUGUUGUCGUAUAUGACAAGAUUGCGCAAUGGUAGUAAUUAUUAAGCGUUAAAUACAAUUGAACUGAAUUAUAUAAAAAAAUUCGAUUAAUCUAACAUUUUCCAAUACAUCAAUAAGCCUCAAAAAUCGUAUAGAAUAAACGAGUUUUAUAUGAUUAUGCAGUAAAUUUUCAUAAUGCAACCACAUCGUAAAUUUCCAAGUUCAGUUCUCGAGGAGCUAAAACUUUUCGUGCUCGCGCGAAUGUUAAGUCAAAUUAAUCUCCACACGGGAGACUAAUUUAAUCGUACGUUACGCAAGUCGACAUCGUAAAAUGAGAAAAAAAAAAUAAGAAUAAAGAAGAUUGUAAACAGUGAUUACAGUCACUGUUAGUUUUCUUAGAUUAGAUAGAUCUUGGGUAGACUUAUGUAAAGAAAUGAUGAGAAGUAACGCUAUUAUAUUCUUCUAUUACGCGAUACGUGUCGUUAACACGAGGAGACAAAUCCCAUCGCCGAUAACAAAAGGAGAAUAGCGAGUGAGCACACGCACGCACGCACACGCACGCACGCACGCACGCACGCACGCACACACACACACACACACACACACACACACACACACACACACACACACACACACACACACACACACACACACACACACACACACAUAUAUAUAUAAGGUCGAGCAGAUGUGAAAACCUGAUUUAUUUCAUUUAUUUUAAUAUUUGUCUACGCUUAUUUAUAAUAUUUUACUACACAUAUUACAUUAUUUAAUUUUUAAUAUUUUUAAAUUUGCAUAUGCUAGAUAUUCCGAAAUUUGUGAAUCAAAAUGCUUUCAGGAAGAGAAAUAUCAAAAAUUAAGUAAAAAAAA